AUGAACAACGAGCUCGCGUCUUCGGCUCCAAACGGGGCAAAUGCCGAGAAGGAUGUAGGCGCAACAGACUUGGGUACUCACGGAUACCCCGAACACUCUGGUAACGGCAACACUGAGGCCACCUCAAUUGACAAGACCAGUCCUCGUAACCUACAUGGAUGGAAGUGGGGCAUUGCCUACGCUGCCAUGCUCUCCACGACUCUCCUUUUUGCUCUCGAUAACACAAUCGUUGCUAACAUCCAGCCAGCCAUCAUCAACGACUUUGGCCACCUCGAGCUUCUAUCAUGGAUCGGCACCGGCUUCGCCCUGGGUACCAUGUUCAUCCUGCUCUGGGGUAAGGUCUACGGAGUCUUCAACAUCAAGUGGGUCUACAUCUUCAAUAUCUUCCUGUUCGAGGCAGGCAGCGCGCUCUGCGGCGCCGCCCCUAAUAUCGAGGCCCUCAUCAUUGGUCGUGUCAUCGCCGGUGUCGGUGGCUCAGGCAUGUACUCGGGUACUCUGACCUACGUUUCGGUCCUAUCCAACGAACAGGAGAAGCCUGCAUACCUUGCUGGAAGUACCGUCGUUUGGGGCGUCGGUAGCGUUCUCGGUCCUGUGGUUGGCGGUGCCUUUGCAGCAAGCAGUGCCACCUGGAGAUGGGGAUUUUACGUUAACCUGCCUGUCGGCGCUGCAUUCGCCCCAGCCUACUUCCUCCUCUUUCCAAGUGUCGACCCUCACCCCUCCAAGACCCUCGCACAGAAAUUUCGUCUGGUCGACUGGGUCAACGCCGUCAUCUUUCUCGCCGGAUCCGCCUGUCUAACAGUGGUACUAACAUUUGGUGGUGUCGUCUACGCUUUCAAUUCCGGAACCGUCAUCGCGCUGUGGACCGUAACAGGUGUUUUGCUGGUGGCCUUCAUCGUCAUGCUCAAGUUGCAUCCGUUGGUGACCAAAGAGAAUCGUUUAUACCCUCUGCACUUCUUCAAAAAGCUUACCUUGAUCAACAUGCAGCUUCAAGUCUUCUUGUCGUCUGGCAUUAUCUUGGCUAUGACAUACUAUAUCCCGCUCUACUUCCAGUUUGUCAAGGACGAUGGGGCUCUCCAGGCCGGUGUUCGUCUACUUCCGUUAAUCAUGUUCAUGGUCGUUGCAUCCAUGGCCAACGGCUUCUUGAUGCCGAGAUAUGGACUGAUUCCUGUCUGGUACAUUGGGGGAAGUUGUCUCGCGCUGAUUGGGGCCGCUCUAAUGUACACCGUAAACGAGACUACAUCGAAUUCGAAAAUCUACGGCUACAAUAUACUUGUCGGCACCGGCGCCGGUUGCUACAUCGUAGCCGGGUUCGCCAUCGUCCAAUCACUGGUUCCGACCCACGAAAUCGCCAAUGCCGUGGGAGCCAUGACGAUCUGUACGUUCCAGACCUCUGCUCCCUCCAUCAUGCAUAAGGCUAACAAGGAUCGUCAAAUUUUAGCACAAGAUCUCGGUAUGGUUCUCUUUCUGGCCAUCAGCGGCAGUCUCUUCCACAACGUGGCGGUAGACAAGGUCGGCAGGGCGCUCCCAGACGUUUCUCCUGCCGAGAUUGGCAACCUUAUUGCGGGGUCUAGCAGCAGGGCAUUCCAGGCGCUCACAGACGCAGAGAAGGCCCUUGUGAUCCCCGAAAUUUCAAGCGCCAUGACAAGCAUCUGGGCCUUUUUCUUGGCUGCUGCCGCUUUGAGUGUGGUUUGCUCCGUUCCGCUGCUCCAAGCUAAGCUCGGCGGUGGCAAGAAGUCAGAAGCGCUGGUAGCGGCGUAG